AUGCCAAUGCCCAGGGCUAACGUCCAAAGCCUGGGUGCCCAUGUCUCCAACAUGGCUGGCUCUGCGCGCAGUUACGUGUUUGGUAACAACAGUCGAAACUCGAAACAGAAUGGCAUCAAACCCGAGCCAAUGAUGGACGAUGAUGACUCUAGCAGUGGAAGCGACUCCGAUAGCGACAUGUCGGACGGCGAGGGCACCGAGAACUUCCUCUCCAAAAUCAACGCUGCCACUGCCGCCAAAAAGACGAAUGCAGCAGCCAAAAGCGGUGCCAAACUCUCGGAAGGCGUCCCAACAACAGCUACAGCUACAAAUAAGACAUCCACGUUCAAGAGCGAACCGAACGGGACGGAAAAAAAGAUCAAAACCGAGCCCACAACGGAUACAGAGGAUGACACUAGUAGCUCUGAUAGCAGCUCUGAGUCGGAUUUAGAAGAGGAGAAGACAGCGAAGAAAUCAGUGGCUGCAGCCAAAAAAGCCAUCUCCAAACCUGAGCCCAAGAAGGCCCCUGCAUCUUCGGAUUCGGACUCUUCGAGCGACAGCGACCACAGUGAUGAUGAGCAAUCUGGCGCCAAGGUAGCCGCACCACAGAAUAGCAAGCAGCCGAAGGCGACUGCCAAUAACAAAAAUGACAGCUCGAGCUCAGACGAGAGUGAAGACGAGUCUGAGGAGGAAUCUCAGGUCUCUAAACAGUUCAAGAAGGCUACCAAACCAGCUGCGACAGUGCCAAAUAAGGCUUCCGAAAGCUCCACUUCUGACUCUGAGUCCGAAUCGGAAUCAGAGUCUGACAGCGACAAGGCCCAAAAGUCCAACACCGCUGUACCGGCUACUAGAUCCAAGGACUCUUCUUCAGAAGAGACGUCGUCAUCGGAAGAUGAGAAACCAAAACCUUUCAAAGCGCCUGCGACGAAGAAAACUGUCAACGGUGCGGCGAUAUCCAAACUCAAGAAGUCAGCUGAUGAUUCUGAUGUGGAAAUGGCCGACGAGUCCUUUGCGCUUGUGUCGAAUAGCCAGCCAGCCGAUGGGGGACUGGCCGACGAAUUUGUUAGAGAGGGGUUCCAGUUGCGCAAAGCUUCGGAGGACACAGAUGUUUCAGAGGUCCUAAAUCUUUUCAAGCAGGCGAAGCGAGAGGGCAAACAGAUCUGGUAUUUCACCACCCCGGCAUCAGUGCCAGUCAGCGUUGUGGAGAAGAUGAACUUUCCAAUGCGCAACGCGCAGACGGGCGAGCCCAUCGUGUCACACAAUGGGGUAGACUAUGGUGUCGAUCUGGGAGCUACCGGAGUGCCUAGCACUUACAAGAUUCUUGUGCCGGCAAAGAAGGGCAGUAAAUAUGAGAUGGAUCGGGGCAUUGAUCACACCAUGCACCUUAAGCGAAUCACUCAGCUUGCUGCCUCUGACUUCACGGCGAAACCCAAGGCCCAAAUUACCGCCAAGCCACCAAGACCCCAACCGGCGGUCCUGAAGAAGCGAUACACACCUAUUGGUGUUCCUACACCUAUCCUUCCCCCAGUCCCGCCAAUUUUGAAGUCGAGAGGGGACGUGGCCAUGACCGACGCUCCAGAUGCCCCCGAGGACAAUGGAUCAACGUCUGGCAAGAAGUCCAAGAAGCGCAAGGCCAACGCACAGGAAGUAAUCAAGACCCCCUUGAGCGAGACAAAGUCGAAAAAGGCCAAGACCAUAAACUCUAUAUCGGCAGACCCUUCCGUCCCAAAAAGCACACCACCCUCUAGCACACCCACGGGUACCGGCAAGAAGCCGCAGGCAAAAGGCAAGAAGACAGCUACGACAACUCCAGUCUCGCAGGCAAAAGCUAGGCGAAAGAGCUCCGCCGAGCUUCCAAGGACGCAAACCCCAGUUCCGCUCCCCAAAAUGCCGGGUUUGAAGAGGUGA